CGCCUCAUUGUCCACUUGCCUCCUUGCACCAAAACUUCUAGACGAAAAAGCUCAUAAACACGCGCCCGAUGAAGCCCAGAAGCUUGAUGCAGCCAGGGAGCACGACCUCUGGGAUGAGCUGCACAAACACAAUCCCGACAACGAAGUCGAGAAUCAAGAUCUCGAUGAAUAAGUCGAAGAUCAACAUCUCGAUGAUCACCUCGAGAAUCACGCGCUCGACAAAGAACUCGAGCAGCACGCGCUGGACAAAGAAUUUGCCGAGCUGCACGACGCCCUCCGUGACGGGGCGCGGUAGUCGUGUAGUGCCAACAAAGAAGAUGAGACUCCUACAACACACACACAACACACACACACACACACACAAACAUGACAGGCAGGAUUUGACACUUGUUUGGUUGGCUGUCUGCUGCAUUGGUCACUUGAAUGCCGCGACUCCUCUCGGGGCCAAUUCGCCUGCCUUUCCAUGGAGAAAUCGGUAUAAGAGGCGAAUCCUCUUGAUUAGGCGGGUUUCGCCGCGGUCGUCCUUGCAAUCUCGAUCAUAAGCCUGACGCUUCUUGCUGUCUUUCAGUAGCUACACACCACGCACACAAUCAAUGCACACCGCCACACACGCAUGGCGUUGCUCACUUCGUAUGCGGUGCGAAGGUCAAUGAAUUUCUCGUGCGCUCUUGGGUCACCGGGGUUCUUGUCGGGAUGCACUUGCUUGGACUUCUCGAAAUACCCCUGCCAUGAUGACACAGACAGAUAGACAGAAGAUAGACCACACACCAAGAGGACUGACUGACUGACUGACCUGCUUCAGCUCUGCAUCCGUGGCGUCCCUCGGCACCCCAAGAAUGCGAUAGCAGGAACAGGCGUUUCGACAGCCUCCUUGACCCAAUGCAGGCGCCACUAGCAGGAGCGAUAGCACAGAGAACAGACUCCGAAGAGAGCUGCAUGCACACACAUUGGUGCCUCGCGCGAAGCCUCAGGCGCCUGGGCAAGCGAGUCAUACGUACCUCGGACACUUGGACAAAAACGGCGUUGUAUCACACGUCAUUCGUUCGCUGCGCUGACAAACACGCAAUCCGCUCUCCGAUGCAGUACAGGUGUUUGUGUUGCAGUGCUACUGCAGUGUUGCAGUGAUGCACACACAAGCAGGGGAAGAGAGAAAUCGUCUCCUGGCGGGGAGCCCCUUUUGGGCCCGUGUAUCGUGCAUACCUGCCACAUUGACGAUACCGCUGCUUCCUGAACGCCGAGGAAUGGG